GCAGCCGGUAAAUUCGAAGGAACCUUCAAAUGAUGAUUCCAUUUUUACUUGUUACAAAAGGGGAAGAAUUAUGCUUCUUUUUGAUAAUCAGUUUGGGGUUGAAUCAACAAGCUAUGCCCAUUCAGAAAUCUUCUUCUGGCUAUAGACACGGACAGUUACCAAUGGAAGUUGGGAAUGAAGACCAAGCACCGAUGAACUACUUGUUAAAGGUAAAAUCGUUCUCCCAACUGUCUGAACUACUUUCAGAAACUACAGAGAAAAGAUGUGAAUCUACAGCUUUUGAAGCAGGGGGGUAUAAAUGGAAGCUGGUUCUUUACCCAGUCGGUGACAAAGAAAGAAACGGGGAUGGACACAUAUCUCUCUACCUAAUGAUUGUUGAAACGCAAACUCUACCUCAUAAAUGGACUGUACAUGCUAAAUUCAAAAUUUUUGUGUAUGAUUAUAAUCAAGACAGUUUUCGUACCUUUGAAGGUUCCAAUGCAAAAGUUAGAUGUUUUCAUGCCGUGAAAACUGAAUUAGGAUUUCCAAGAUUACUCUCUCUUGGAGAUUUUAAGGACCCUUCUAAAGGAUUUCUUGUUGGAGACACAUGUUUUCUUGGAGUACAAGUGUUAGUUCAAGACUAUAUUGAAAAUUUAGAAUGUUUGUCAAUGUCUGACUCUGGAGACAAAGCAUUCUCCUGGAAAAUUCGACACUUCUCUGAGCAUAAUGAGGAAAUAAUUGAAUCUGAAACUUUUAUUUUCGGAGGACUUGAAUGGGUUGUGCGGCUAUAUCCAAAAGGAUUUCCAAUAGCAACUUGUGGAGGAUAUCUAUCGAUGUUUUUGAAGUUAAAGGAUGGCACUACUGAGACCAAACUAGUCUGCGCUAGGUAUUCGCUGCUAAUAAAGGACCAGUGCGAUUCCAAAGAUCUGUCCCGUGCAGGCACUGCUAGUGGCUCUAGCUUCAGAAAUGGAAGGGGCUGGUCUCAGUUCAUACCGUUGAGUCGUCUUCAGAACUCAGUUAAUGGUUUUCUUCUUGGUGAUACGCUAAUAAUUGAAGCUAAGGUGGACUCUAUUUUCAAAAUGCAGAACAUCUUAAGUGUGGACGAUGAUGCGAAUAUUUAAGGCAGCUAUAUAGCAUUGAUGACAGCAGUCGUCUGUCUCAUCUCAUCAUGUGAAUACUAUUGUAUAAAAGUUCAUUUAUAAGUACCGAUGUUAGGCACUUCAUGAAUAUGAAUGUAUUGAAAGUUUAUUGGCGUCAACCUGCUUGAUUGCAGACCAUAAAUAAAUAGCUCAUUGGAUU